AAUAGGUACAACUUUCAAGUGAUCAUCAUGGUGCGAAGACGGUCAUACGUUUUGGGCGCCAUGGCGUUUGCGGUGACGUGGGCGAUAGCCGCGGGCAGUGAUGCACAAGGAACAUCCUCAACAGCCGCUACAGAGCGCGCGGCAACCACCGGGAGCUUCUGGCAGGGUUUCCUCGCGUCCCUAUCCGUCGUCAUAGUCUCCGAGCUUGGCGACAAAACCUUCUUCAUCGCCGCCAUCAUGGCAAUGAAGCAUCCUCGCGUCAUCGUCUUCGCCGGCGCCAUAUCUGCCCUCGUCUUCAUGACAAUCCUGUCUGCCGCUUUCGGCUGGAUCGCGACAUACAUACCAAGGAUAUACACGUAUUAUAUAAGCGCAGCGCUUUUCGCUAUAUUUGGUAUCAAGAUGUUGAGGGAUGGGUGGAAGAUGGAUCCGAAUGAGGGGCAGGAGGAGCUGGAGGAGGUGCAGAGUGAAUUGAAAAGGAGGGAGGAUCAGGACGAAAAAGAAGAAACCUUAGACAUGCUAGAACAGGGUCAAGCGGAGAACCGACGGCGGAAACGAAACGCCGUUAUUAAGGUGCUACUCCAAGCCGCGACUCUCACGUUCCUCGCCGAAUGGGGCGACCGGUCGCAGCUGGCGACGGUCGUGCUCGCCACGCGCGAGAACGCGGUCGGCGUCGUGGUGGGCGGGUCGCUGGGACACGCGCUGUGUACCGGCCUGGCGGUCGUAGGAGGCCGGAUGGUGGCACAGAAGAUUAGCGUGAGGACUGUGACAAUAAUCGGUGGCUUGGUGUUCCUGUUCUUUGCCGUGAGCGCGCUGUUCAUCGGCCCCGACUAAAGACAAUUCGUACGUGUAAGUGACAAUAUGUAAUGUAUGUUGUAUAGUUCCUUUGUGCACUUAAUAUACGCGAGAAUCCGAAUAUUUUGUUUAAAGAUCGAAUGUAAUGUACCUACAGUCCAGUUCAUAAGCAUAAAAAGUGUUCUCGCGCGAGAACAUUCCCCAUACAAACCGGAGAACGUUCUCAAGAACGGCACAACUAUAUAAACAUGUAUACAUUUGUAUUAUUUUCACGUAAAACGUACCGACGAUAUGUACGUAUACGUACGCAUCGUCGCUUGCCAUCGACAAGCAAAUUUCGUGCGUCGCGACAAAGGUGCCUUUUGCUUGAAAACGUCACAUUUUUCUCCUUAUUGCUUAUUAAAAACAUGUUUACAUGUUUAUGAACUCGAUUGUAUAUAUGUGUAAAGUGUGAAGAAAAGAGUUUUCGGGUGUCGAAGCGCUUGUUUUAAAAAAUCUUGCUUCGAAUUUGAUAACUGUCAUAGAUGGCGCUGUACGACUCUCUACAACUCAAAAUUUAAAUAGUUCUCGUUUGAUUACCGGCUUACCACAAAGUAUGUAUGUUUUGUGGCACAGCUGUCAAAGUCAGGGAACUUUCCUCUCUUAUAAAUAAAGAAAUAUGACGAAAAAAAUAGAAAUUCUCAAAUUAAAAAUCGACAGAUAAUCUCGAUUGUUCCGAGAAUUUACGUGCAUAUUGACAAACUAUAAGAUUUAACUAACUUAGCGGUUUCACUCACGUGUUUCACGUGUUUUUAGUCACUCGCGCGACAUGUUUCGGAGUGCCUAGGUCUCCAUUUUCAAGCACUAACAGCGUCUGAGUGAGUAGCGGUCACGACGGAUGGGCGUCACGUACUAUGCAUUAAUAUGUCUUACGAUAGUUUAAAUUCGAUUAAACUAUAAGAUUAUAAUCAUGGAGACUAUAUAAAGGAGCCAAAUCUCUAUGUAUGAAAAGUGUCCAUCAAAAAACAGUAAUUAGGCGGCGCCACCAUCGACCGAAAUACUACCAAAAACAACCUACGUAAUUUGGUCGGGUUAUUUGUUGCCUUAUAUGGUUCAUGUUAUACUCAUGUCCCAGAGCCUAACUAGCGCCACCGGAGAGAUUAGGAACUAUUAUUUAAAGCUGAAAGCGGUCACUUUUGCAACAAUUCUGACAUAAGAGAUUGGCAUCCUUUCUAUACCAUCCAUAAUUAUAAUGAUUGUGUAAAAUUCAAAUGGCGUCCGCUAGGUGGCGCGGGUGCACGGAGCGGGCCAUAGACCUAGCAUUACAUAUAUCAACUAUACGCGUGCGCCCGUGAGGGACAGAACAUACGCAAUGCGACAAUAUGAUUGGUCGAGUAGAUUUGUAGCCAACCAUAAACCAUACUAAAUACACGGUGGGGAAUAAAACAAAAAUGUGAGACUGUGACAAGGACAAACAAUAACAGCGCUUUCUCUGCUACUCCUACUGAAAGAUACAUAAGACUAUCCCGUUCGGUCAUUUCCCCCCACCCCUCAUGACCGAUCCAGUUAUACUAGAUUCAUGGAGCGGGCGCACGCACGCGGGUGCCAUUGUAGGGAAAUCCGUCGCACGCGUCCGCGCCAGUUAUCAACGCUCAUACAAUUUUUCGUUAUCCCGCUCACCCGCUCCGUGCAAUCGCGCCAGCUAGCGGACGCCCAAAAAGGUACUUAUUUUUUCGUCUCGGACGUGUAAAAUUGCUGUAACUGUCAAUAAGGGUGAAUCAACUUUUUAGUGUCACUCGUUGUCAUAGUUACGUUCUCCUGGGCAACUCUAAAAACCCUAUUUACGGAAACGUUAAUUUUACACACAUAUUUCGCGUGUUAAGGUUAAAUUGUAGGGAGAUGACAGAUGUCACCGUACGUAAGCUACAUGAAAUACUAUAGAGAGAUAUAAAAUUUAUUUUAACAAAUGUAAUAACAAAAAAGUUGAUUCCUAUUGUUCAAAAAUAGUUUUAUAUGAAAAUUCCAUGUUAAAUUUUAUACUCAUCAUUGAUUAAGAUUUUUUCGAUACAUAAUGGCAUUUUAUGAUAUGAGAAUUAUAUGAAAUUAUGCAUUUUAGUUUAGUACGCUAUUAUUGAAUACUUUUAAAAGCGAUACAAUAAGAAAAUUAUUCGCGAUAAUAUAUUUGUUUAGUUAAUUUUAUUCAAGUAAGCAGUAGAAUCGAUCUGUAAGUACAGAAAUGUAAAAACUAUUGAUACUUGUAUUUUAACUUUCAUUCGUAUUAUAAUUGUCACAAGUGUUCCAUGUUGAAACACGAUCAAAACGUUCAAUCUUUUAUUUAUAUUGUUCAUACAUAAUUAUUAUACACGGUGGAUAAAAAAUCAGUGCAUUCCCGGUGCUAGGGAGGUUUUGGAAUUAUACUGAGCAACUGACUGUGGGAGUGGGACCAACCCCGAACCCGAAAUCGCGAAAAAAAUAAUUGUCUGUUGUUGUUGUUGUGUAUUCCCGUUGCCAGGGAGGUUUUAGGAUUAUACUGAGCAACUUUUACUAUGGAACCAACCACGAAAUCGCUAAAAAAAAAUUACCCUCAUAGAAAAUGGACCAGCCAAAAUUUAUGAAACAGCCAAUUUUUUUUCGCGAUUUCGGGAUUGGUCCCAUAGUAAAAGUUUCUCAGUAUAAUCCCAAAACCUCUCUGGCAACGGGGAUGCACAUAUUUUUUUGCCACCGUGUAAGAUGGUCUGUGAUAUAAUCUUAUUUUGCGAAUAACAUGUCUAAAUGACGUAGAGUAUAUAUCUCGACCAUUAAUCACUUUUUCGCGUUUAAAUUACUAAUGUGAUAUCUCUAGAUAUCUAUGAUAUCGCGUUCUACAGGCUGUUUCAGAAUUCCUAAAAAUGUCCCAGUGAUAGACACUGUCCGAAUGAUUGCCACAGUUAAACGUAAGUCCAUGCAAUAUUGGUAACAAACUGCAUAGAAUUAGGCUGUCUCAUACUAUAAUUCGAUAUUUUAGUAUUAGAAAAAAGGUAAACAAUCUUGACGUCUUUUUAUUUCUAUAUCUAGUAAGUUAAGUAAUAAUUAAUUGUAUCUAACAUAGUUUUAAGUUCCUGCAUGUUCGACUAACCUGUUAUGGAUUUCUGUGGUCCGAAAUAAAUGAUUUUUAUUUUAUUUUAUUUAUUUAUUUAAAAAGCUUUAAAAAAAUCAGUAAUUACUUAAAAAAAGCAACAGAAUGUAAAUCAUCGUAUAUUUAUAUAUUUCAAUAAAAAAACACGUCAAGAUCGCUUACCUUCUUUCUAGUGCAAAAAAAAAAACGAAGUAAAUCGAAUAUUCGGUAUCAGUCUUAUAAAUGCAGGUAAAAAAAAAAACAAUAUGUUUUUUGUAUCAAGUCUUGUCAAUUUUGAACACGUGUAUAGAUUUUGCUUUUCUCAAAUGUAUCUUGUUUAACGUUACCUCAUCUUGAUUCAUUCAAGCAAUUUGGGAGGAGCUGAAUUUAGAAAUAUCUGCAAAGGACUGUAACUUGUCUUUGAAAGACAUUUUAAAUACAAGUUGUAAUGUAUGUAUGUAUGUAUGUAUGAAGACUAUUGUUAGUACCGAUUAAGUUUAUUUUUUAUAAGUACAAAAGUGAACGCCGUAUCAUGUUUGAUGCUUUUGUUAAGUGUUGAAUUAUUUAAAGUAUUAUUUUUUAUGUAAAAUUGAAAUAAAAAUAGAUGUAUAUA